GACAUUUGAAUUAUGGAUUAAUCAUCAUAGCUGUAGAUCUAAAUUCCCUCCGCAGCAGAAGGUCUCUGGCCUGAGCCCCACUGUGCCAACUAGGAUUAAAGGCACACGCAGAGGAUAUCACAUCACACCGAUACGGAGCCAAGGAGAGUAGGCUAUUACUACGACAGUGGGAGACCUGAGAACAACUCUUUGUGUAAUAGUUGAUCCAUAUCUGCGAGCUGAAAUCUCCUGAGACUGUAUUUUCCUCGAUGGACCAGCCAGCACCUCCACUGUCUUGGCCAGAGGUUGAUGUGGACCUGGGCUUUGCACUCUUCUUCCUGUUCCUGCUCUGCCUUUUCUUGUUUGGUACAAUUGUCCGCUGCGCACAAACAGUGAUCGAUCCCUACGGCGCCAUUUCCACCUCCACCUAUCAAGAGGAGCAAAUCAAUAACUGACAGUUGCUUUGGCCAAUCCCACGCAGCAACUACACUGCAGGGGUUAGGCCUGAGUUUGAGAGAGGACUGCUUCUGUAGAUCUGGAGGAACUAUGCUGAUGGAGAUUAUUAGGAUGGCACUUAAAAAAGCUUUAUAUGAUAAUGUAUCAAAGCCAACUUUUGUAUAAGCAUCAUGAUAUACAAUCAUAGCCAUGGUUUGUCAUCAAUGCUCAUAUUUCUAAGUUUUUCAACUUAUAAUUAUCACACUGUUUGAAAUAAAUAAUAAAGAAAUGUUUAAAGAUCAAUGUGUUUUGGUUAGUAUUUCUUCACAAUC